GUCAAUAUCUCAUUCGGGCCUUCGACCAGUUACCACGGCGGUGAUGCCGGCGGCUGUGCGCAUAACUUUGCGACUCUGUUUUCUGAAAAUAGAGACGAUGGAUUUUGGCCUCGGGAACAUCUCCGACACCGACGAUUCCGCCGUAGAGGAGAUCACCUACGAGACCCAGGACCUCUGCGCCCUCGAACAAAUCUCCAAAAUCACCUGCUCCGGCUUCAACAAUUCGCCUCUCCUCUCCAAUUUGAAAACCCGAUUCCGCAAGCUCAAAUCUUUUCCUGAUUAUUCAACCAGACCCGCCGCCUCUGCUUCUUCUGGUGUCGUCCGAUCUGUGAAGGUCAAGAUCAUCUAUGGCUACUGUCUAACCCUUCCGGUCAGUCCAUCUAUACCAACUUUAUGCUCUCCUUCAUCUGUGAAGCUUUUUCCUUGAAGGACUAGUGACGAAUUUGGGCGGUUCUCCACCUGGGUUCUGAGAAUUUGGGGGAAAAGCGGAAUGAGGAGGAAUAGAGCGGGCAACUUCAAGGCAUGUUCCUCUCGCCAACUGCUCUUGCACUCUAAUCAGACAAAGGAACAUCAAAAUUGGAGGUUGGAUCAUCAAAGACAUCAUUACUUACCAGCAAUGACGCCGACAGUCCAGUGUACAGAGAUCAACGGCCGCCACUCUGCCAUUUAUGUAACCCCUCACUUGCAUGCAACUGCCAUUUCUUCAGCAAUUUGAUUUGGAUGUUUGAUGUGUAGAGUCGGAUCUGCAAACAAUCCUCCUGUGAGAUACUUGAGAAGCAAACAAGGCCGCUCCGAAGCCACUUCUGGAAGCCGUCGAUUUCUUGCACCGGCAAGAGCGCGCGAAAUCUCAGAGGCAAAAUUCCCCACCGGCAAUUCCCAACCGAUUUUCCUUAAGUUUUGGUAGUAAUUUUGAGGGGACUGGCUGGUGCUUCCUUAUCGCUGUCAAAGGCAAAAUGUAUUGAUAAAGGCAAGUUCAGGAU